AUGUCAAAACCCCACCCUCUAAUUGUUCCUAUACUAGAGGAAGUUGGUUUUUCUGGGCUUGCAAACCUUAGACAUCUCAAGAUGGAUCACGCAUUGGUCACAACUUUGGUUGAAAGAUGGAGACCUGAGACUCACACCUUCCAUUUUCCAAUAGGGGAGUGCACGAUAACACUGGAGGAUGUUGCACUUCAACUUGGCCUAAGAGUUGAUGGUUUACCAGUCAUUGGCCCAACAUUAUAUGACUGGGAGGAUAUAUGUUCCACGUAUCUUGGAAUCGUGCCACUUAAAGGAGAGUCACUAAUUGGCUCUAUGAUCAAGCUAAAGUGGUUGAGAGAAAAUAUGUUGGAAUUACCAGAGGAACCAUCUCAAGAAGAACUUCAUGCACAUUGUAGGACAUAUGUAUUAGGUUUAAUAGGAGGUGUUUUGAUGCCUAACAAAAUAGGCAAUAAGGGAAAUGUAUACAGAUCAAGGUAUGAUCACAUUCAGGCUGAUCAGGAUGUCCCUUCACCAGCCAAUAAUUUGGAUAACCUACACAAAAUUGACAUGAGGGGAAGACAAGAUGAAAAUUGGGUUACAAGACAUGCUCAAUGA